GUAGCUCAUCCAAAAAUCAAAGGAUUCAUUACACAAGGUGUACGACCGAGUAUGCAGGAAGCGUUUUAUCUUGCCGUUCCCACAAUUGUGAUCCCAAUUUUUGCAGAUCAGGACUACAACGCGUACAAGUAUGAACAUUUGGGCACCGCUGUUUACCUUGAGAUUUCAGAAUUAACCGAGAUUCGACUAACUGAUGUCGUUAAUCGCACAUUAACCGAUACAGAAUGGAGAAAACGUGUCAAUGGUAUGUCCUCCCUGGCGAGAGACGUGAUCGUGCCCCCAGUCAAGGUCGCUUUGUGGUAUACAGAAUUUAUUCUCCGCAAUAAAAAAGAGGACCUCAAUCUUCUCAAACCUCUGACACAAGAUCAGUAUUGGUGGCAAAGGAGAGAUCUGGACGUGUGGGGUGUCUUUCAGAUUACGAUUAUUGGAAUUUUUCUCGGCUUGUACAUGUUGGCAAAAGCAAUCUGUCGAACGAUUUCGAAGUUUAGACUGAAGCUUAAACUGGAAUGAUAUUUAGAAAUAUAUAAGCACUAAAAAUUUCUAAGUAUUUCAAAGUUAUUAGUUCCUUUCGAACAAUGAUGCCCACUAAUAUUCAGUACUGGCUUUUAUUUAAACAUAUUUUUUGUUUUAUAUCUGAGCAUAAAUAUAAUUUUCCUAUCCACAUAUGUUGUUAGGGUUAAAUUAGUAAUAUAACCGACUCGCAUAAAGUUUAAUGAACCAAUGUGACGAACUGGUGAUUAUUUCAGGAAACGUUGUUAGACUUCAUGCACUUUUAAAAUAAUGGUUCAAUAGAAAAAAAUGCAUGGAUUCAUGUAUAUAUAUUUCUUGAGUGUAUAUAAAUUCACGUAGUUGCAUGAAUUUGUGACCAUGCAUUUUGCAUGCAAUUUACCAAUGCGUUCUGUUCUUACUACAUCAUCGUAUACAAUAUUAUUGUAAAAGUGCUUGUCUCUUAACGAGUUUUUUGUAACAGUAAUUUUAAACGUUAAAAAACUGACUACAUACCUAU